AACCACCUCUACACCCCGUUCCAGCCCCCGUUCCAGCAGUACGAGCUUUGAGCGAGAUGGUGGACGACUACCCGUCCCCCUUUCGCUCUGAGCCGAUGAGCUUGGUACAGCUCAUCGUGCCAACCGAAGUCGCUCACGACACCAUUGCUGAGCUGGGCGAACUUGGAAACGUCCAGUUCAAAGAUCUCAACCCUGAUGUCAAUCCUUUCCAACGCUCCUUCGUGGGCGAGAUCCGCCGAGUCGACGAGAUGGCUCGUCGAGUGCGUUUCUUCCAGACUCAGACCGAGAAAGAGAAGGAGAAGAUCCAAAUCCGCCCGCUGUACGACUCUGCGCCGCUCCUACGUCUUCUUCGAGAAGGCUGUCAACUACGAUCGAAUGGACGGUCCUCUCUGGACGACAGCUCAGCUCCUCUGCUGCAGCACGAGGACCGUGAGCAACAGUAUUCGUCCAACCUCCAGUUCGAUCUAGAGUUCGUUGCCGGCACCAUUGAGCGUUCGCGCUUGCCUACAUUUGAGCGUGUUCUGUGGCGUGUCCUGCGUGGCAAUCUCUACAUGAACCACACUGAUAUUGCUGAGCCCUUCGUCGACCCCGUUACCGGCGAGGAGACGCGCAAGAAUGUCUUCAUCAUCUUUGCUCAUGGUGAUACCUUGCUCGCCAAGAUUCGCAAGGUCGCGGAGUCGAUGGGUGCAACGCUCUACCCUAUCGAUGCGAACGCGGAUAAGCGUGCGGACUCUAUGCGCGAGGUCACUGCGCGCCUGGAGGACCUCCAGGUUGUCCUGUACAACACAGGCGCCAGCCGUAGGGCGGAACUUGACAAGAUAGGGGAGAACAUUGCCUCUUGGGUAGACGUCGUCAAGAAGGAGAAGGCGAUCUAUGAGACGCUGAACUUCCUGAACUAUGAUGUGCGGAGGAAGACUCUCAUCGCCGAGGCUGGUAUCCAGCUCGCUCUAAGACACGCCACAGAGGAAGCCGGGACCAAUGUGCCUCCCAUUUUGCACGAACUUCGCACGAACAAGACGCCGCCGACGUACAUCCGUACGAACAGGUUCACCGAGGGUUUCCAGACUAUUAUGGACGCCUAUGGCAUUGCGACGUAUCAAGAGGUUAACCCGGGUCUCUUCGCCACGAUCACCUUCCCGUUCUUGUUUGCUGUCAUGUUCGGUGAUAUUGGACAUGGCGCAAUCACGUUCAUUGCUGCCGCAUUGAUGAUACUGACGGAACGCAAGCUGGCGAAGGCCGACUUAGGAGAGGUGCGCCAUUAUGGUACUAACGCGCAUUUUAGCGGCCGGUACAUCAUCCUGCUUAUGGGUGCUUUCUCGAUGUACACCGGUCUCAUGUACAACGAUAUCUUCUCCAAGUCGCUGCACAUCUUCGACUCGGGAUGGGACUGGACCAACGGGACCGCUGUAGCCAAUGGGCACACGUACUCUAUAGCUGAAAACGCAUUGAUCUUCACAAACUCGUACAAGAUGAAGAUGUCUAUCGUGCUGGGUAUGACCUUCGCUAUCUGCCUGCAAGUGCCGAAUCACAUUCGUUUCAACCGCCGCAGCGAGCUUGGACCAACUUUAUUCCUCAGAUGCUUUCAUGCAGUCUAUCUUCGGUAUCUCGUCGUGUCGCCAACGCCUCCGCCGUCGCUUCUGAACAUGCUCAUCGGGAUGUUCCUCUCGCCGGGCAGCGUUACCCCCGACACGCAGUUGUAUCGUGGGCAGAACACCAUUCAAACGAUCCUGCUGCUGAUCGCGUUCGUCUGCGUCCCGUGGCUGCUUAUCACCAAGCCAUACCUACAGUGGAAGGAGAUGAAGAAGAUUCAGGACCAGGGCUAUAUCAAUAUAGGCAACGAUGAGGGUGCAAGGGUUGUAUCGGACACGGAGCUUGAGGGUGAAGAGGAGGGAAACGGCAGGGCCAUCGCAGAAGCAAACGAAGAGGAAGGCGAGCACCACGAUUUCAGCGAGGUGGUGAUCCACCAGGUGAUCCACACCAUCGAGUUCUGCCUCGGGUGUAUCUCGCACACUGCAUCAUAUCUCCGUCUGUGGGCUCUUUCUCUCGCGCACGCGCAGCUGUCCGAAGUGCUGUGGAACAUGACCCUCGCUGGGGUGCUCACCAUACCCGGCAUCUUCGGAUGGAUCGCACUGGUACUGAUGGGGGCACUCUGGUUUGUUCUGACAGUGUUCAUCUUGUGUAUCAUGGAGGGCCUGUCUGCCUUCCUACACGCCUUGCGUCUGCACUGGGUCGAAGCCAACAGCAAGCAUUAUGAAGCUGGUGGAUACCAAUUCGCGCCGCUGAGCUUUGCGAAGUUGACGGAGGAAUGAGGGGGCAGAGCCGUGCUUCGCGUUGCAGCUGACAUGUAGCUAACUAAGUCCCGGUCGCGGAUGCGGUAAUAUAUCGCGUUCCUAGUUGGUUCCCAGUGCACUUCGGCGGCGUGUGGGGUAGCGGCAGCGCUACCCCACAUUGCAUUGAAUAAUCUGGAUCGGUG